AUGCAUAAAAAUGACCUCUGUGGAUGCUUCUUCAACUUGGAAACUCUUUUGAAUCAUGAACAUUUGAAACAACUCGGAGAUGAAUUUUUAAGAGAAAACAUUUCAUCUUCAGCCCGAUUGCUCUAUAUUACUGUGGGACUCACAAGUGUUACAAAGGAUGGUCAUGAUAUUUCAUGUUUUGAAAUUGGAAAAUUCUUAGAACUAUGUUUACAUGGAAAUCCUUUUGUUUUUCAAGCAUUGUUUGUUCCUGAUCAUUUUGUUCAUCAAUAUCAAUCGAAGGAAUGGACAGAAUUAAAAUUGUUAAACAAGUAUUUUCUGAACAAGAAAGUAGUGAGCUCACAUUGUGCAUUUGCAAAACGGCAACUUCAACAAGGAGAAGGAAAGAUCAAAAGAGCAUAUCAAAAGAAUUAUUAUCACUCGCUGAGACUAUGUUAUGAAACUGAAAGACUCAUACAAGGGCUGGUUCCUCGUAUACGGUUUGAAAAAGAUACGGCAGAACGAGAAAUGCUAAUGGAAAUAAGAAACCAUUUACCGUCGGAAGAAAAGAGGAGUGAAUAUCAUCGAUUCAUUAUGAAUAAGCUUUCAAGUAUUGAGAAAACAAAACCUUGGAAUAAUGUACCAAAUUUGCAUGAAAUUAGAAUGAAUGACGACAGUGGACAAUAUUUCGUGUACCAUCUUAAUAACUGGUUGAUAAGAUUACGAGUGAAUGAUCUCUUGUCAAGAAUAGAAAAAUAA